AUGUUUAACCUACGACACUUGAAACCAUAUGCAGAAGAGAGCAUGCUUACGCUAGAGAUGCCCCUUAAAGAAGCAGCUCCUGCAGCCCCUCUUAGAGCACAUAUAAUUCCCCAGCCCCAAAACACAAGCAUUUUUGCCAUAAAAAUGGCAAGCACUCUCCAUGACUUUGAAAGCACUUGGGACUGCCCCGAAUAA